UCACCGGUCUAGUGCUGAGCUCGCAAGCAAUGUCUGUACCAUUGGACAUACAAUUGGAGAAGGCUCAGAAAAGAGUCACAGAUUUUCUAUCAAAAUUGAAGAUAUUGGGCCGCCCGACAAAAAGUACGAGCGUCGCGAGCAUUCAAAAGUGGUUAAAGCAUGUGCAUAUUGGCAUUCCUCCGUUGGACAAAGCGCUCAGGAGCCUUCGUGUUGAAAAAACGCAUGGAUAUUUGACAUUCAGCGGCAGACCAAGUGGUGCGUUAUAUACGAUGUUCCGCGCCGCCGAUCUCGGUGGAAUCAUCAAACUCUCAAUGUUGAAAAUUCCGAUUCGAGCGAGCGAACAGUUGAUGUUCGACAAACUGAUGGCUAGAAAUCCGGAAAAGUUGACCCGUGAAAUAAGUGAAGCCGUAGCGGCAGCAAGGAGCAAACAUCUCGGCCUGACCACAAGAGCUGUACCAUUAGAAAAAAUACCCAGUAAAUCAAAGGGCAUACUCAAAAGUUUUGUGGACAGUACAACCACUUCUGGUUCCCGCAGCAAGCGGUACACUACAGGAAGCGCGUGUUGGAUGAUAACCACUAGAAAUUCAAAAAAAUUCUACUGUAGAAUACGACAAUAUUCGUGCCAUAAUCCAGAAGGACGUCAGUGCGAUGGUGCCUACAGUAACCUCUAUAACGUAACGCUAGUGAUCAUGGCUAUUGUUGAGCUCCCCGAUGACGACAAGCGAAAACAGGAUUUGGCUGAUGAAACUGGACAUAAUGUACGGCUACUCGACAACUUCAUGAAGGAAAUGAUCAAUGAUCAGUUUGAUACGCUCAAAGCUUUUGUAAAACGUCUCAAAGACAAAAAUCAACUACCAACAGUAGAUGUUUGUGGUUCGAAGCACCGUCAUAUUGAAAAUUCCGAGAUACCAAUGUGUCGCAUGUGUAAUUCAAGUGCUGAUCCGAAGAGCACUGAAUAUUCUGAUCCAAAACAAUAUCCUGAGAAUAUAAGCUUUCAUUGUAUUCCCGGUGAUGGAGCUAAAUGGGAUAAAGUGGAUGAAGCAACGGUAAUAUGGAAUUCCCUCAAAUUGGCAGUAGGGAACCCUUGUGCAGCGAUAAGGGACAAAAGAAUGCGCGGUUCUUUCAGCGUGAGUAAAUAGACGUGUGGGGAGAAUAGUGGGUCAGACAACAAACGGAGUAAGAGAUAAGGCAAACUCAGUUGUGAAUCCGACAACAUACAGAAUAAGGGGUCAGGUGAACAACAAAAUAAAGGGAGUGGCACAGGUUGACAGAAGAACUGGGUAAGGUGAAAAUUCGGUAUAGUACCAAAGAAUUGGUAUCUUUGCUACUGUGAUUGUAGAUAGCUUCUUCAGUUUAUACCAAAACGUUCAUGUUAUGCCUAAAUGCUAAAAGAAAAAAACUUAUGCCUAAACGUAAAAAACUUUACGUUGAAAUUACUUCACAUGCACAAUAAGACGCUCGCAAUUUGAUGAUAUACCAGUGUGGAAAACAUCACCAAGGAAGGAUUAGUAGAAUCUCUGAAUAAUGCUUCUAUGACUUCGUACGGGAAUUUGGAUUCACGUAUCUGCUUCCUAACGAAAUGUAUGGAAACGAGCCUAGCGUUUUAGGAAUAGACACAUUUCCCGACUGACUACGCAUGACGUGUACUUCGCACAAUUAUAUAUUUCCGAAGAAAGUAAUUCCGAUUUUUUCUUAUUUUAUUUUGUCACAUUUGCUACUGUUAAUGUUACAAGAUGAAUGUGUAAAAAAAAUCAAACUUCUAACGUGUUUACAACCCCUUAUAAGAAGACGUUUAGAGCACCGAACGAGAUAGGACAAUAGAACGAAUUUUUCCAAAGCUGUUAAACGAAUUGCUCAUUCCGUUUCUCUGUCAGUCAACAAAACUUCCAUCGAUAUUAUAGUGGAAUAUUAUUGAUGUUAUGAUAAUUCCUUGGGCGCAUAGAGAGAGAUACAGAUAAAAAGAUUAAUGAGUGUUUAUUAACCCAAUGACAAGAUACAAAUUACUUUUUCUUUCGCUCGUUAUCCACACACUAAUCCUUCCUACGUUAAUGUUUUUUAACAGAACUCCUUCUUCCCUCCACCACGCGUCCCCCUAACGACUUGGCGCUCCGAUCGCUCAAGAAAUUUCGCGAAGCUUUGCAGCGCGACUACGGCAUUAUGUAGAAUUGACGAAUACGCGCGAUCAUAGAAAAAAGUCCUACAAUAAUAUUGAGGAAAGAUUGAAAAAUUUUUUUU